AUGACUUCUGAAAAUCAGUCAUCAACUUCUUCAAAGCAAGAUAUAGCUUGGAAGUAUUGCAUUGACAUGGGGAAAGGUAAAGUAAAAUGUAUGUUUCGUGACAAAAUCACUUUUGGAGGUAUUUAUAGGGGUAAACAACAUAUAGUGGGUGGAUACCAUAAUAAUACAAGAUGUCUAAAAUGUCCAGCUCAUGUACGCGAGGAGAUUCGAGAAUACAUGGAGAAAAAAUGUCAAAAUAAAAAAGAAGCAGAAGUUGUAUAUGAUUUUGAUGAUGUAGACAACUUUGGGGAUGACGAGGAUGAUGAAGUUGUUGAAGUUGGUAUAUGUGUUCGCAAAAGUGGUAAUAAUACUAGUAAAGUAUCAAAUAAGCAAAAGGGAAUUAAAGGACCAAUUGAUAUGUUUUUUACCCCACCACCCGAACAAGUUAUGAAAAGUAGAAAAGAUGGGAAAAUGAAGCAACCAAGCAUCAAUGAAGCAUGUAAAAAACAAAUACGGGAGAAAGCAUGUAUGGAGUUGUCAAACUGGUUCUUUGAUGUUGGAUUGGCGUUUGAUGCACCAAAUUAUGAUAGUUUUACAAUAGCAACGGAAGCGGUGGCGCAAUGUGGGACAUGUUUCAAACCUCCCACGUACCAAGAAAUCCGAGUUCCUUUUUUGAUUAAAGAGGUUAAGGCAACCGAUGAGAUGGUGAAGCAAGUACAUCACGAGCAGUGGGCUAAAUAUGGUUGCUCAAUCAUGUCAGAUGGAUGGAGAGACUCGGUUGCAUACAAAGGCAUUAUCAACUUUUUAGUUAAUUCUCCAAAAGGGUCGAUUUUUAUCAAAUCAAUUGAUGCUUCGGACAUUGUGAAGAAUGUCGAACAAUUGUUUAUUAUUCUUGAUGAUAUGGUUGAGGAGGUUGUGAGAAGAAUGUCGUUAAGACAUAGGAAAGAAUUCGAAAGUUCGUGUCACAUUGAAGAGAAUGAUGGCCUUAAACGGGUUAUAUAUAGUCGUACAUGUGUUGUAGACAUGAUGAGGAAGUUUACUGGGAAAAGAGAGUUGGUGAGACCCACGAUAACUAGAUUUGCCACUACUUACAUCACUCUUCGUUCAAUACAAGUUCAAAAGGAAAACCUUAGAAAGAUGUUUACUUCUGAUGAAUGGAGGAAGAGUAAAUACUCAAAAGAUCAAGGCGGUAAAAGAGUCGCAUCCAUUGUUUUAAUGCCUACCUUUUGGAGUACAAUUGUGUAUAUCCUUAAGAUGAUGGGUCCUCUCGUAAAAGUACUUAGGUUAGUUGAUGGUGAAAAAAGGUUGGCCAUGGGCUAUGUAUAUGAGGCUAUAGAUAGGGAAAAAGAAGCAAUUGAAAACUCCUUUAAUAAUGUGGAGGACAAGUACAAAGUUGUGUUUGUAAUUAUUGACAAAAGAAUGGAUGAGGAAGAAGAAGAAAAUGAAGAUUAUGUGUUUGAUGAUGACAAUUUGACAUGGAGGGAUGUUGGUAUAGCUUCUAAACCUUAUGAGUGUGACCAUAAUACUAGAAGAAAGAACGUUGCUAGUUCAAGCUCGAAAGGAAAGGAAAAAGCUAGACCACACUUUGUAGAUGAAGAUGAUGAAGAUGUUAUGCUAGAGGAGAGUGACACUGAAGAAGAAGACAUUGAGGAUUGUGAGACGAAUGAGGAGGAAGAUGAUGACAUACCACUUGAUGAUGAUGAUGAGGAUGAGAUCACUGUAUUGGCUUAUGCCAACCGGUUUGCCAAGGCAUCUUCCGUCUGUCCAGUCACUUAA